AUGUCCGACGAUUCUACAUCCAGGAGCGAAGAGGAAGACACUUUUCGGGCAAUCUUUCGCGAUACUGCUGAGUUCAAGUCUAUCAGCCUUCCAGGACCGUUAGAAUCAAGUCCUUGCUCGGAAGAAGAGUCCAGAUUCAACGAUCAGUUCAACCUCCUCUUAACAGAGAGAGCAGGCAUCCUGGCGCGAAAGCUCGAACAAGAGCAGGUCGAGGUCAUCGACGCUAUUGCCAGAAUGCAGCCUCCAGUCCUCGAUUUCAGCGCACCUACACUAGCUUGGGAGGGAGCUACCCAAGGCCCCGAAGAGAUGUUUCUUUGGGUCCGCUGCCAGAACUCCGAGCAGUUCACAUCGCCACCGUGGCCACGGAAUCGGCAAGAACAAAAGGAGCUGCGAUGGAUCCCUUUCCCAUCUUCCCUAGGUCUGGUGGAAGUCAAGGAGUCAGUGGGAGAUGGCAAAGUGCUGCAACGUCUUCUUGAAGGACGACGAUCUACGACACUACCGACGAGUGCCGAUUACGUGCGGCAAAUACAUACACUCAAGGCGACACUUCCCGACGACGACGACGACGAAGAGAUCCCGAUGCUUUAUGAGAAACACCAAGCUCAGAGUAGCUCACCUUCCUCAACAGGGGACAUCAUGCAGCUUAUUCGAAAACGCAAACAGGAACAAGCUGCCAACGUUGAUCGCGUAGAUCAGGAGUCACCGACUGUGGGCGUCAAACACCGUCGAACAACCACAACUACACAGUCAAAGCCGACGAGGUCCUUAGGGCAAAGCUUGCUCCUCGGAGUAGAUGAGAGCAAUGCCGCGGGAAAGCUACUCGCCAACUACAUGGACCUACGAGGUGCGAAACGAGUCACAAGCACAUUCGAGCCGUUGUUUCCAAUUACCAAGCGCAGGGCCGCUGAAGCUCCGGCUCCUGUCGUCGGCCUGGUAUCAUCGAAGCCGAAUACACAUAAGGCUCCCAUCGAUGCUCCAGUCCCAACCAUAGAGCACACAAACAACCCCUCGCGCAUCAUCAUUUCUACUGCCGUCCCGCGAGGAAUCAUAUCGGCCCUCCAAGCCAAGCUACCAGGCGUCGAUCUCGUAGACCGCGACUUCUCACGACACAACAGACUCGUCUGGUCCCCCGGGAGCGUAAAGACCGUAGAAAAGCCGUCCCCGCUAGCCUACGAAGCCGACAUCAUCCCUUCUCCAACAACAGGUAUAAUCAUCACAACAAUCCUCAAGGUCCGACAGAAGCCCCUACCGGGAUCCCACACACAGCUCUCUCAACUCCGCGACCGCGUAACAAGAGUCGCACCGCUCUACGAACACCUAAGUAUACUUGUCUCGGAAGACAAUCCCAUCGCAGAACACAUCGGACCCCUCAGCGCAGCCGACGCCGCAUCGUACGCAUCCUUCGUCGCUUUCGCAUGCUCCAUCAGCAACAGCAGCGGCUGCACCAUCGACGUGGUCUACGUGGCCGGCGGCCAAAAGACACUGGCCCACUGGACGUGCGCUCUCGUCUCGACGCACCUCAAGAAAGCAUCCCACGACGUGCAGCAGGUCAUCAUGUCGGAAGAGACGGAGUGGGAAGUCUUUCUCCGACGCGCCGGCUUCAACAUGUACGCGGCCCAGGUCGCUCUCGCAGUCGUCAAGGGGGGUUAUCCAGUCGUAAACGUCGACGGCGACGGCGGCGACGGCAACAAUACCCAAGACCGGACGCUCGUGCGGUUCCUGAAAAUGAGUCCCGCGGAGAGGACGAACGCGCUCAAGGGCUUUCUUGGUGGUGGGAGUCUGGUGGACAGAGUCAGUGCGCGUCUGGGCUGA